ACGAAAGAGGAAGCGUACUUUUUUCUUUUCACAACCAAUCAAUGAACCUGAAAAGUUUCAGAAUUGUUGUAGGAUCGUGGAUAUGAUCGUAGAUCUUUAAGAUUGAAAAACACAUCUCUUAUCUCCACACCCACGCUUGUUUUAGUUUGUUCGGAUGUUGCCUGGAGCCGGAAACGAACACAAAAACACAAUCAUAGAAAAGUCCACUCAGCAGAACUCAUGGCAGGAUCCGGGCCAACAGCUGCUCAAGAUCUGACUGCGGUGAUGGAGACAACAAUGCAAGCACUUCAGAGCAAGUUUCAGGAUUUAUCUGGACAGAUCAUCUCCAAAAUGGAUGAGAUGGGAACACGUAUAGAUGAUCUGGAGAAGAAUGUUGCUGACCUCAUGACACAAGCAGGAAUGGAAGAGCAUCACAAAACAAAGUAUAGUGAUGUUGAAGAGAGGACAAGCUUGCCAAAGCACUGAAGAGAAAUGCUGCAGAAGUCUGAGGCCAACAGUGUGCUUUCCAAAUUAGUCCAUGCAUUUAGUGUUGCCAAGUGCCUUAGUUUUCUAUGUGAUUUUGGUUUAUGACAAAUAUGUAGAUCUUUUAUUCAAAGCAAUAAAAUAACUUUUUUUUUA